GAACUGCAGAGAGACUCGGAGGCGAUCAAAGCCGCAUCUAGGGAAGAGUUAGUGAAUAGGGCUCUUUCUUUAGAAACCACACACGCAGAGAUGAUGGAACGAGCUGUUGCAAAGAACAAGGAAGACGUGGAGAAAAUGAGAGGGGAGAUGGAGGUACUAGUAUUGAUCUUGUACUGUCUAUGAAACCAAAAUCUGUUAUCAUUAUCGUACUUUUCUGCUUCAGAAACUUGAUAAUGAUAACAGAUUUUCUUUUCAUACUGUCCCUUUGGAUUAGUAUAUCUUGUGGAGAAAAUGAGAGGGGAGAUGGAGGUACUUACUAGUAGAUCUUGUACUGUCGACUAGUAUUUAUCGUGUACUGUCGCUUUGGAUUAGUAUAUCUUGUACUGGAUUUCUCAAACCAUUACUGUUGUACUGGACUAGUAUAUCUUGUACUGGACUAGUAUAUCUUGUAUACGCUCUCAAACGAUACAUCUUGUACUCUACUGGAGAAUCACAAUCACCUUCGUUUUAAUAUGUCGCUUUUAGAAUCUCUUGAUAUUGUUUAGGAUGUAUCAAAAGAAAGCACUUGCUCUUUCUUAUGAUUGCGUGGAGUCUUCUAGUUCGCACAAUGUAUGUUUGUUGCAACUGUCCAUAAUACCUCAUCAUACCUUAGAUGAGCACAACAAGUUUUCCACUCUCCCCCUCCAUACCGACCACCACCCCACCAGCUCCGGGAGCAGCGUUGGAAAGACGAAUUGGAUGUAGAGCAAAAGCGCCAUGAGGCGUCACUGCAGCGAGAGCGGGAGAUGGCUGAGUCCUUUUUGGAGAAAGAGAAAGCGCUAUUCGCCAAAAGGCUGUCAGCCGAAAUCGACAAUGCGAAAACAGAAACGAGUAGGGAAAUGGGAUUGAAGUUACGAGGGAAUUAG